AUGCCUGUUAACAGGCUGAUACUCAAGAAAGAAGGUGCAUAUCCAAAAACAUAUAUUCCGCCUGUACAAGGCAGGAAAAUAGAUCGCCAGAAGUCAGCACUAUGGAAAGGCAACGAGGCAACGCCAUUCCAACCCCUGCCUAUGAUUGAACAGCCAAUUCAGUAUCUUAUAGGAAAGACUCGUCAUUAUUCUUGGCCAAAGGGGGCCGCAAUUACCGGUCUCGGUGAUGGGAAUAUCACCGAAAUCGAUGUGGAUUUUGAUGCCCGCAUAGACACUGCUUUGCUCAAGGAAAAGCUCGUCGCCUGCGCCAAAAAAGGUCAGGCCGUCUAUGCUGUGGUAGCUAUUAUGGGCUCAACUGAGGAAGGAGCUGUGGAGCGGCUAAGCGAGAUCCCGGAAAUCCGGGAGGAACUGCAGAAUGAAUACGGAAUGCCAUUUCUUGUUCAUGCCGAUGCCGCAUGGGGCGGCUACUUUGCUACAAUGCUGAAUCCAGAAAAGGAGAAGUCUGGAGAACCGGUUGAUGAUAGGCUUGAUCGAUCCAAGGGAAAGCUUGUACCAUCCUUGUGUCUGAAAAAGGAUACCGAGGAGGAUCUCCGGAAACUGAACGAAGUCGACUCCAUUACUAUUGAUCCACACAAAGCCGGCUAUGUUCCGUAUCCAGCGGGAAGUCUGCUGUACCGCGAUGGGAGAAUGAGGUAUUUGGUGACGUGGUCAAGCCCAUAUCUAUCACAGGGAUCAUCAGAAAAUAUCGGCAUCUAUGGGGUAGAAGGCAGUAAACCUGGGGCCGCAGCUAUGUCCACGUGGCUUUCAAACAGCAUCAUUGGUCUUCAUCCUGACGAUUACGGCACGCUUCUUGGCGAAGCAGCGUAUACCAGUGCCAGAGGAGAAAAGACAAAGAGAGAAAAGCCAGGGGAAGAAAAUACAGAGGAAGAAUAUCCCAAAGACGGGAAAAGCUUCUUCACCGAAAACGUGCUGCGGAAGAGGCAACACAUCCGGACACAUAUCAUCAAUAAGGAUAAUUCAGAGAUUCAGAAGGACCCAGAAAAUAUUAAACUACUCCGCGAACUUGGCUCGGACUUGAACAUCAAUGCGUUCGCACUCAACUGGUAUGAUGAGGACGGGAAUUUGAACACUGACCUCGAAGAAGCGAACUACUUAAUGAAACAGGUUGUGGACGCGCUCUCUAUUACUUCCCCUGACAUAAAACCGCCGGGAAUACCUCUAUUCUUAACCUCAACUAAAUUCGAACCAAAGCUCUACGGCAAAUGUGUCCGGAGAUUUUUGAAUCGAUUGGGUGUCAAACCAUGUGAGGAGGAUAUGUUUGUGCUACGAAACGUGGUCAUGAGCCCAUUCCCAACCCAAGGGGAUUUCAUAGGUCACCUUAUGAAGGAGUUCGAAAAAGUUAUCAUCGCAAAAGUUCAGGUCUGCCGUGAAAGAAACAAGAAAGACAGCAGGAAGGUCAAGUUUCUGGUGCAGGGCAAUACUAAAGUGUUCCUGGUCUUGCAGACAUCAUUCCACUGGGCUACUCUACGACAGCAGGUAAUCGUCGUGGCCCAAUUGGACGAUGAUCUCCAUAAGAGCUACACACGUCUCAAGGCCGACUAUCCGGAGGACACAAUCAUACUUGAAUCCGAGAAAGAGAUUGACCUGGAGGCGGAGCUAAAGAAACUGGAGUCUGGCAGCACCUUGGCGAAAGAGACAGCCCCGUCAUUUAUGGCUAAGAUUUACAGGAAGGAAGAUCAGCCCACUCCCACUACCUACAAAGGCAAGGUGACGAUAACACACGUCGUGAAAAGCCGCCCUCUUAACUCUAUUUAUCGGGACCUUGAAUAUCCUUCCAAAUUCAUGCCUUUCUAUCUCUAUGGCACCAAGGAGGAAAUGCACAUUACGCAUAUGCUCCUCAAAGCCCCUAACGCUGCGCUGUCCGCCAGCAAUGUCACAUUCAGAGAGAUACUGGAAGAGGAGCCAAAAGAGAAGCUGGGAAAGAAGCUGGAAGAGAAGCUGGGUGAGGAUGCUGACGUGCAACUGGCUUCUGGGCUCAUAGUCACCCUGUCGAAAUUUCCCGAGGCUUCCAUGCAGCCAUUCCUAACAGGCGACGAGUUGCGGAAACCCGAAUCUGAGUAUAUGCUGCCGGAAAAAUUCCCUUUCAAGAGCCAAGGGGAGUUCGAAGUGGAAGUCUGGAAGGAUCCAAAUGAGCCAGAGUAA